AUGGCCGAAGAUAUACCAAUGCCGGAUGAGGAGGCGGUUAGGGAGAACACGCUCAUGUAUGGUCAUGACGAUGAGCUCGACGACAAGUACCCUACCCGGCCGCUGAACCUCCACAAGACGCCCCGCUUCCAUACCCUGUUCACGGACCUUUUCAACCCACUCAUGGAAACACAGAAGAGGAAGCAGCCUGUGGGAGCUCGUCGGAGAGUCGGGCCUCACGGACACUCCAACCUGUCACCCCAUGAAGCGAAACGCAACAUCAUCGAAAGAUAUAUUGCAGAUUGGCGAAAGGAAGUUGGAAACGACUUCUACCCCGCGAUGCGUCUCAUGAUCCCCGAAAAGGACAGAGAUCGGGCCAUGUACGGUCUGAAAGAGACGGCAAUUGCCAAGAUCUUGAUCAAGUGCAUCAGCAUGGAACCCAAAUCUAUUGAUGCCCUACACAUGACGCAAUGGAAGCUACCCAGUCAGCUCAGCUCAGCUUCGAAUGCGUCUGCGGGCGACUUUCCUGGGCGAUGUUACGAUGUCUUGUCAAUGCGGCAGAUGAAGACCGAGUACAGCGACAUGAGCAUCGCCGAAGUCAACAAUGCUCUGGAUAGGCUGUCGCAGGUUGGUGCAGAAGAGGAGCAAGUCAAGAUAUUCAAGCGGUUUUACCGAAGGAUGAAUGCGGAGGAGAUGACCUGGCUCAUCCGUAUGAUCCUCCGUCAGAUGAAGAUCGGCGCUACUGAGAAGACACUCCUCGACAUCUGGCAUCCGGACGCGGAGACACUGUUUAAUAUCUCGUCAAAUUUACGGCGAGUGUGCUGGGAGCUCUUCGACCCGGAGAUCCGUUUGGCGGGCGAGAGCGCUGAGCUGAGCUUGAUGCAAUGCUUCCAGCCACAGCUAGCUCAGUUUCAGGACAAAGUAGGCAACUUUGAGAAACUGGUGAACCGUUUCCAAGCAAAUGCGGACGAUGAUACGUUUUGGAUUGAAGAGAAGCUCGACGGGGAGCGCAUGCAGCUCCAUAUGAUUGAAGAUCCCGACGCACCCGGCGGAAGGACCUUUGGAUUCUGGUCACGUAAAGCCAAAGACUACGCAUACCUCUACGGCAGACACUUCGAAGGCGACGAGGCCGGUGCACUUACACGUUUCAUCGAAGACGCCUUCGGAAAGAACGUACGGAACAUUAUCCUUGAUGGGGAGAUGAUUACCUGGGAUAUGGAGAGGGACCACAUCGUGGGCUUCGGUACACUCAAGACGGCAGCUAUAUCUGAGAAAGAGAACAAAACCGACAAGAAAACUGGUCAGCGGCCACUGUUCAGAGUGUUUGAUUGCGUCUAUCUGAACGACAAAUCACUCACGCGGUACACGCUACGCGAUCGACGUCGCGCCCUCGAGAGUGCCGUCAAGGGCAUAGAACGUCGCCUGGAGAUUCAUCCUUACAUCGAGGCGCGCUCGCAUACCGAGAUUGAACCGGAGUUACGGAAGGUCGUUGCAGAGUCAUCCGAGGGUCUGGUGCUAAAGAAUCCGCGCUCCAUGUACUGUCUCAAUCAAAGGAAUAACGACUGGAUGAAGGUGAAGCCAGAAUACAUGUCAGAGUACGGCGAGUCGCUCGACUGCAUCGUUAUCGGCGGAUACUUUGGCACUGGGCAUCGCGGUGGCGCCCACUCAUCCUUUCUCAUGGCUUUGAUGGACAAGAAAAAGAUAGUGGCCGACAACCCGAUGUGUUAUUCCUUUUUCAAGGUCGGUGGUGGAUUCACCUCCGAAGAGUACGCUAGUAUAAGGAGUCGAACGGAAGGUAAGUGGACUGAUUGGAAUGUCAAAUAUCGGCCUCCAUUCAUCCAGCUGGGCGGCCAUAAGGAGAACCGGCAAUACGAGAAGCCAGACCAAUGGAUUGCACCUUGCGAUUCCGUUGUACUGGAGUGCAAAGCAACAAGUGUGGAAAAUAGUGACAAAUUCCGUAUGGGAUACACGCUUCGCUUUCCCCGCUUCCAAAGACUCAAGAAAGACAAGCGAUGGGAUCAAGCGCUCUCAGUAUCAGAGUGGCUGGAAGUACAGAACAGAGCGGAAACGGAAAAGAAUGAAAAAGAAACAGAGUUCAAGAUCGAGCAAUCACGAAGGAAGAAAGUCAGGACAACAAAGAAGCCACUGACAGUCGUUGGCAACGACACCGUCACCACACCAUACGCAGGCCCAGCAUCCAAAGUCUUCGAAGGCCUUAGCUUCUUCAUAAUGACAGAGCAAAUAUCCCCAACAAAAAAGUCAAAAGCAGAUCUCGAAGCCGUAGUCAAAGCCAACGGCGGCAAAAUCGUACAGCGCGACUCCAUGGACAAGAACCUCAUCAUCGUCGCAGACAAGCGACUAAUCAAAGUGGCCUCGCUGGAGAAACGCGCAACAAACAACAUCGUCAAGCCCGUCUGGAUCCAGGAUUGCAUCAGGCAGAACGAAAUAGACGCUACUCCCUUGCCGUACCUACUCCCAUUCGAGCCGAACAGGCAUAUGUUUUAUCUCCAUGACGACGAUCAACUGGACUACGAGAAUAAUGUUGAUGAGCAUGGGGAUUCGUAUGCGCGCGAUGUAGCGGAUGUGGAUGAGAUGAGGAGGUUACUGGAGGGGGUGUCGGUGCCAGAGGAUGAUAAGGCGUUUGAACGAGAGGGGUUUCUGGAUCAACUGGAAGAUCAUGGGGAGUCGUUGGCGCAUCUCAAGACACAUAUGUUUAGUACGGUGAAAGCAGCCGUCCGAGACGAUCAGGAACGACCAGAUGGUAUGCUGAGAGUACGGCUGGCGAGGAACUACAUCCAGUUUGGCGGUGGUGUCGUGACUGACGACAUAAAUGCGGAAGGCGUCACGCAUCUUGUUGUGCUGAACGAUCAAUCUUCGACCACAGGUGCAAGGAAUAAGAUCACUGGACUUGCCAGAAUCGUUGGCGUCGCCUGGGUUGAAAAGUGCUGGGCAGAAAGCACCAUGGUUGACGAGGAGAGAUACCAGUGGGGUUGA